UUUUUUUCAGAUAAAAAUGUUUAAUCGUUCAAAGACUUUGAUGUUUCCAUAUGUCAAAAUGCAGCCUCUCUUGAAACGUGCUGCAACCAACAAAUCUUUCUAUUCGUCUUAUGCAGCGUAUGGAGCUUCGCUUUUUUUGCUGACAGUUUAUAUUUGUGAUUGGAAGCGUUUUGCAAAAUUGAUUCCUGUCUAUAAUCAGCGUUUCAAAGAGGAGGAAUAAUGGAUGAAUUGAAGGAUGCUUAUUUGAAAUAUAUUUAGUUUUGAAUUGUUUUGAAUGAUAAUAUAGGUUUUUUUGUGUUAAAAUUUUAUUUUUUUCUAUAUGUAAAAUUAUGACUAAAAAUUUUACUUUUUGGUUUUGUUGUUUUGUUAUUUUUCAAUUUAAUAUCUGAAUUUUUAUUUUCACUUUGCUUUUUUAACAGGACGUAUACAGAGGUGGGGGAAGUGGCUUAUCCCUACCCAUUUUGGGAAUAUUCGAGGGGAGGGGGGAAUUUUGAGGGCUUGCCUUUACCUGAUUUGACUCCUCGUGGGAGUCAAUAUUGAAUUUUUUUCGGAUUUUGCGGGCUUACCUUUAUUCCAGAUUUGGAUACACCUCCGAUCUACUGAUUUUUUAAAUGAUUUUGUGGACUAGCCUUUACCCCAGAUCCAGUCUUUUGGGUUUUUCCUCCUUUAGAUCAAACAUUUCCUUCCACUGGUAUUUUUCUUGGGGCUCUUGACGACUUAAUUUCCAACCUCGAAAGUCCUCUUUGUGAUCAAACAUUCUCAAUCUUCCUUCUCAUAAUCCUACCUCUUUAUACGCCCUUGUUAAACCUAAACUUAUUUGUUCGUUACAGAUUUAAAUUAAAAUUUCCUGAAAAUUAUUUAAAAAUCGUUCAAAAUGUCAAUUUCUGAUGGAUCGGUUUCAAGCGGCGGUGAAUUGCCUGAUAUUGUUGAGGUGGUGGAGUCUGAUGGAACUGAUGAUGGGGAGUCUACUUAUGAAACGGAUGGUGGGGAGUCCAAUUAUGAAACUGAUAUGGUUGAUGAGUUUAAUUGUGAAACGGAUGAGGUCCCAUUUUCUUUUCUUCAUGGUCUCUUGUUUUACCUCGUUAGCUUUCUUAUUUUAAUUUUGUUGGACCUCCACUUAUAUUCUCUUUUUAUCAAUUUAAUUGCCAGGGUUAAAAAAAGGAAAAUAAGAGGAAGUA